AUGGCCAACAAUCCAUCCUCUGUAGCAUAUUUAGGACCCGAGGGGUCCUAUUCCCAUCAGGCUGCCCAAUCCUUCUACCCCACCCCCUCCCCCCCCCUCCUCCCCCUCCCCUCCAUCUCCGCCGUCUUCUCCGCCAUCCAAUCCCGCUCCGCCCCCCUCGGCGUCGUCCCCCUCGAAAACAGCACCAAUGGCCCCGUCGUCACCACACUCGACAUCCUCACCGACGCCCUCCGUGCCCCGCACGGCGCCCGCUUCCGCAACGUACGCGCCGUUGGCCUCGGCGUCCUGCAGAUUCGCAUGUGCCUCCUCGGACUACCGGGGGCGAAGAGGAAGAACCCGCAGGGGGAGGACGAGUACGCGAUCGAGCGCAUCUUAACCCAUCCGCAGGCGUGGACGCAGUGCUCGCGACUGUUGGCAAGGUUGAAGAGCCAGGUGCCCGGGUUGGUCCAGGUGGAUGCGGCGAGCACGUCGGAGGCAGCGCGGAUGGCGGCGGAGGAUGGGAGUGGGGGGACGGCGGCGAUCGCGAGCCGGGAGGCGGGGCGGGCGGCGGGGUUGGAGGUGUUGGAGGCGGACGUGCAUGAUCGGGAUGAUAAUGGGACGCGGUUCUUGUUGUUGCGAUAUUGUGAGGAGGAGGAGCUGGCGGCGAUGGAGGGGAAGGGAGGGGCGGGGGUACCGCAGCUGGGUUUGACGACGGGAGGGCAGCAUAAGACAAUGAUCGCGUUCACGGUGGCGCAUGAUCGGCCGGGGGCGCUGGCGGAUGCGCUGGCGGUGUUUAAGACUCGAGGACUGGAUCUGACGAGCAUUAACGCGCGGCCGAGUGGGGAGGUACCAUGGCAUUAUGUGUUUCUGGUGGAGUUCUUUGGGAGGCGAGGGGAGACGGGGGUGGAGGAGGCAUUGGAGGAUUUGAGGGAGGCGGCAGAGAAAUGGGUUUGGCUAGGGAGUUGGAGUUGUCCGAAGGAGAUGUGGCCGGUGGAGGAGAGGUGAUGAAGCACUGAUCGUGGGAUCGACGGGGAAAGGAAGGUUAAUACAUGGCAUAGAGCCGCAUCUAUACACCACAUAUCGAUAUGCCUGAUCUAUCU